AUGGAAUCGUCUGAGCACCUGCCGUUACUACGUGAUGCCGAUGGCUCCGAAAAUUGUUUACAUUUCACAGCUGUUGGUCAAGAAGAUAGUGUGGAAAAAGUACAGGUGCUGCAUAACAAAGAAGCUGACGGAAAUAUUAGCAGUAAUGAAUUAAUGAUGGAUAGAAACAACGAAGAUAAUACUAUAGCUGGCACAAGAGAUAAACAUAACGUAGUUGAUACUGGAAAGUCAAAUGUACUUAACACUCCUCACCAAAGAACAGAGAUUGAGAGAACGUCUACAACCCCAAUAGUGCCAUCAACCCAACCACAUAUAAUGGGUGAAGUUUCACUAACACCUACACAUAGAACAUUUACACCACAAGCAGUUAAUCCACACAAUACAAUGGUAGCUAUAACUCCGAUAGCAAGUGGCGCCAGUCAAGCAAAGAAUAGUAUAAAGUUACAGAAUUGUGUUUCAUCUGUUAGCUUAGGAUGUGAAUUGAAGUUAUUAGACAUAUAUUGCCGUACAAGAUUCUCAGAAUAUAAUCCAGCGAGAUUUCAAGGAGUUGUUAUGAAAAUACUCGAGCCUCGGGCAACAGCAUUAGUAUUUAGGUCAGGAAAAAUUGUUUGUACAGGUGCUAGAAAUGAACACGAUUCAUACAUUGCUGCACGAAAACUUGCACGAAUUAUUCAAAAGCUUGGAUUUCCAGCCAAAUUUUUGAAUUUUAAAAUACAGAACUUUAUAGCAACAGCUGAUCUAAGGUUUCCUGUAAAAUUAGAAGCAUUGCAACAAGCUCAUGGGCAGUUUGCAUCAUAUGAGCCGGAAUUGUUCCCAGGAUUAGUUUACCGAAUGGUACGGCCAAGAGUUGUAUUGCUCAUAUUUGUAAACGGAAAAAUAGUAUUUACAGGAGGAAAAUCCAGAAACGAAAUCAGCGAGGCUCUUGAAAUUAUUUAUCCAAUUCUUAGAAGCUAUAGAAAAAAUUAA